GUGUUUGUGUGUUUCGGGAGUAUGGCUUUCGUGAUGAUUUCUUGAACAAAUUUCCUUUUUUUAUCAACCCCUCAUUUUGCGUCAUUUUGAUAUAGUGGAAUUUUAGCCAUGAGUUCCUUCAAAACCUAUGUCGAUAUCACCGAACACCGCAAUGAGGAUUAUGAGUGGAUUAACAAUGAUGAAGAUCACCCGAAAUUGGAACCCUGUCUUUUGCCAGGUGAGGUGGUGGUGGCCUAUGCCAGUAAUGUCUUAAAAUUUGCCUCAGUCAGUAACAGGAAGCACGGCAUAUCAGGUUGCUUGUAUGUCACAAACUUCAAAAUUGCCUUUGUAUCAACAACUUCAAAUUAUGCAGGAAAUCCAAAGGAUGAGAGAAACAAACUUUUGAGCCAAAAUGAAGUUUGCCUUGCCAACAUUGACCAAAUAUACCAGGUCAAUGGAGAAAGGCGAAAGAAGCUGUUGCCUGGAACAAGCAUUAUAACAAAUGUGAAGACGAUGCAGCUUGUUUGUAAAGAUUUUAGUGUACAUAGUUACAGUUUCAAAUUUUGCCCAGUGGGUUUUCAUAAGACCGUCAUCAAUGCAAUUUUACAUCACAGUUUUCCCAAGAGGAUCGAACUACUCUUUAGCUUCGAGUGCACGCUACCCCCUACUCAAACUGUCCACGAGAUGCAGUUCUUCACUAACAGACAAGAUUGGGAGAGUGAAGUUGAAAGAUGCCAUUGCAACGAAGGAUGGCGAGUUUGCAGCGCCAACGAAAAUUAUCAACUCAGUGCCAGCUUGCCCCAAGGAUUUGUUGUGCCACGAUCUCUUUCAGACAAUCAAAUUUUGAAAGCAUCGAAACAUUUUAUGGGCAACAGGCCACCGGUUUGGUGUUGGGGCCACAUUAAUAAAUGCGUCAUUGUCCGGAUGGCCGUUCUCCAUACUUUCAUCACCGACACGCAACAGGAGAGUAUUAUGCUUGAACACGUGAGGAAAUCGCACCCGAAUCUACGGGAGCCUUUAAUCCUGGAAUUGGACAAAUCAAUGCCGACUUUAGCUGAAAUCCAUGCCAGUUGGUGCAAACUUCGUGAUUCCUCCUGUUGCCCGUUGGACAACAUUCAAAAGUUUUGGGAGCAAGACAGCCGGUCACUGUCUCUCCUCAACGGAUCACGGUGGCCUCACCACGUUAUGAUUUGCCUCCGAAUGGCCAAUCGAGUGGUAGAAGCUAUAAGCCAGCAUCAAGUCUCUGUCGUCCUACAAGAAUCCGAAAGCAGAGAUUUGAGUGCUGUGAUAUCCUCCUUGGCCCAGUUGAUUAUGGAUCCACACUUCCGCACCAUCAACGGAUUCCAGAGCCUCGUUCAAAAAGAGUGGAUCACGCUCGGCCACGCCUUCACGAAGAGAUUCGGUCGUAUAAGCGAAUAUGAAAACCAACAAUCUCCGCUGUUUCAGCUUUUCCUCGAUUGCGUCUGGCAAAUGCAACAUCAGUUCCCCAUGUCCUUUGAAUUUAGCGAGACCUACUUAACGUCAUUAUGGGAUUCUCUGCACAACACGGUGUUUGACACCUUCUCCUUCGAUAGUGACCGCAUCCGACAUUUGAUGACGCAACCGCAAGAUGGGGAAGGAAGUCCAGCUGUCUUAAUUUCUCGUUCCGUCUGGGACUGGUCGUCGCAGUUUCACGACGUUGACAUCGGCCUCUUUUUGAAUCCGCUUUUCAGCAUCACCUGUCGCGUUGCGGCUUACCGCCAACGCAGGGGAAUACCUCCGGCCAACUAUCACAACCAAAACAAUCAACUUCUACGAUGUUGGAUUCCCGGUUCGUCCUCCCUCAAUGAUGGCGGGAGUCGACCCCGACGCAAUAGCAUUUCCGGAAGCCUUUCUGCUUUGCGGGCCUCUGAAUACGGGGCGGCGGAACAACAAAACAGGAAGACGGACACGUUGGGUCGCAGUUGGGGUAGCCGCUUUGGACUUGCAGCCCUACCGGAACAUGGCAACGCUGGUGGGACUUUAAGUCGAGCCAGCAGUAACGAUGGAGGAAGUGGAGGAACGAGUAGCAGAUGGAAGAGAAUCCGUGGAGCCCUUUUUCACAAUCACGGCCGGUCAUUUUCACCGCAUCAACAGCAGAUCUCAUCCAUCGAAGAAGGAAUGGAAAUGCCACUCAUGUCCAGCAGCAAUCAUGAAUCACCAGCCGUUACCUACCGGGCAUCUAGGGGCAUUGUUGAUUUGGGCCAGCACCCACAAACUCAACAGCGAUGGACAGUGUACGGAGCAGCAGUUUAUGAUCCGAUUCCGAGUUAUAACGUUAAACUGCAGCCCACCACCAAGCCAUUGAAACUCGACUUGGGCAAGGAUUGGGAUGAUUUCGUAUCGGGAAAUGAUUCAAGUGGAGCUGAUAUCCCGUACCAUGAGCUGGACUGGCCUGUGUAUUCGAUGCUCCCAGUGGCUGAUUCCUUUGUUGAUUUCCGGUUAUGGAGUCAGUGCUAUUUACGAUGGAUUCCUGUGCUAGACGUCCGAGGUGGUGGGCAUCCUCCCGUCUAUUUCCAUCAUUGUGCUUUGGUCAAUGAAAUCCUUAGCUUGGAAUCGCAGCUGGACAAGUUACACCACUCACAAUUGCAGCAGGAUAUGAGCAAUAAUGGUGAGACGGACAUGCCUUCGUCGCCCAGUCAACGUUUCGUUACUAUGAGCGACCAAUCACCUGGUCAAUCUGGAAAUCAGGUGACAUUGAGUAGUUUCCACCCAUUUGUCCAGCAACAGAAUGAUUCAGCUUUGUCGUUUGGCGAGUGGGAAAUCGUCCCUUCUCCAGUUAUUUCGGGUUCAGCUUUGCGAUCUGCUGGUGGUCGAGCCGUCGAAGCUGAAUUUGAUUCCGAUUCUUUCGUCGCAGAUUGAAUUAUUUAUUUUAUUUUUCUUUUAAUUCAAUUGUUUUCUUUGUUCAUUUCGUUGGAUGGCCGAAAAUGACACACACGCAAACGGGAUCUAUCCCAAACUUCCAUAUAUUUAGUACAUAAAUAAUUGUUUGAAUUCGACUGUCGUAGGCUCCUUGCUAAUCGCAUUCCUAUAUUUCCUGUUGUAUUACGCUACUUUGCAAGUUACUAUAAGCAUCGUACUAUGUCGCCCAUCUGUUUUACUUAUGCCUUUGGAAGGAUAUUAAUAAUAUUAUACUAUUUCCUCUA